UCCCCUGGAAAAUACACCUACGGCAUAUAAUAAAGAGGGGAGAAAAAAAAUCGAAAUAGAUCUUUAUUAUGCUUUAUUCUACGUUUAUCUUCACGUGAUUAUUGGGUAAUUUAAAACAUCUACAGUUCUUCAGAUCAAUCAGACCAUCGUCGAGAAUCUUGGAUAGACUGCAGACCCCAGUCUGCAGAGGGCAUGGGCUCAUGAUGGAGGACAACGGACCUCGUGUGGUGGACUACUUUGUGGUCGCUGGCCUCACCGCCACGUCCAAGCCCCUGGAGGAGGAGCUCCACUUGGCGGACCACGCCUGUGCCCGCUCCGCCAGGAACAACGCGCCCAUCACGGAUGUGGCGGUGGUGAUCCGCUCGCUGGGCGAGGAGGUGCCCCCCGGCUUCACCAGCGUGGACAGCACGCCCACGGGCCUCUCGGCCGAGCUCAACGGGGCCAGCCUGCGCGGGCCGCAGAUCUUCCUGUGCUUCAAGCGGGGCAGAGAUAAGCCACCGCUGACAGACCUGGGCGUGUUGUACGAGUGGAAGGAGAAGCUGAAGCCGGGAUGCCACAUCGUCCAGACCACGCCCUCCGGUCGCCCGGCCAACAUCAGCAGCUCCUCGUCGCAGCGGAUCUACAUCACCUACCGCCGCGCCCCCCAGAUCCAGCCCCACUCCUCCCUGGCCGUCACCGACGUCUGCAUCAUCAUCCCGGGCAAGGGGGAGACCUCGCCACACACCUUCUGCAAGGUGGACAAGAACCUCAACAGCAGCAUGUGGGGAUCCUCGGUUUACCUGUGUUACAAGAAGUCUCUGGCUAAAACCAACGCGAUAGCAUACGAAGCAGGGCUGCUGUGUCGGUACCCUGAGGAGGACUAUGAGUCCUUCCCCCUGCCCGAGCCUGUGCCUAUGUUCUGCCUUCCCAUGGGGGCGAACAUCGAGUGCUGGCCAGCUCACACCAAGCACUCCCUGCCAGUCUUCUCCACCUUCGUCCUGACUGGAGCCUCCGGGGAAAAGGUGUACGGGGCAGCUAUCCAGUUCUACGAGCCCUACGCCCGGGAGAGUCUGACAGACCGCCAGUGUGCCCAGCUGGGGCUGCAGACGUCCGACCUCCACGACGGGACCCGCAGCGUCCAUAGCAACAAGAGCAUCUGCCUCCUCUCCCACUGGCCCUUUUUCCAGGCCUUCCGGAGUUUCCUCACAUUCCUCUAUCGAUACUCCAUCUCCGGGCCGCACGCACUGCCACUGGAAAAGCACAUCUCCCACUUCAUGCGGACCGUCCCCUUCCCCUCCUCACAGAGACCACGCAUCCUUGUGCAGUUGUCUCCGCAUGACAGUGUGAUACUGAGCCAGCCAGUGUCUUCUCCACUGCCACUCAGUGGUGGCAGCCUCUCCACACUACUCCUGAAUCUUGGUCCAAAGAACGCGGCCAGCCUGUUGGUGCUGGCGGUGACCGAGCAUAAGAUCCUGGUCCACUCGCUGCGUCCGGCCGUACUGACCAGCGUGACGGAGGCGCUCGUGUCUAUGAUCUUCCCGUUCCACUGGCCGUGCCCCUACAUCCCGCUGUGCCCGCUGGCCCUGGCCGAUGUGCUCAGCGCCCCGUGUCCCUUCAUCGUGGGCAUGGACUCCCGCUACUUUGACCUCUAUGUGCCUCCCGCCGACAUCACCUGUGUGGACCUGGACACAAACACUAUCUUUCAUAAGGAGGACAAGAGAGCUCUGACUUGGAAGGUCCUUCCCAGGAGGGCUUGUAAACACUUGCUCAACACCUUAGGCAAGAUUUACCAGCAGCUUGUUGACGGUGGACAGCUGAGCGGUCAAGAGGGCCAGAUGGAGCAGACACUCACCGACAGCGAGCUCAACGGGGGCAAGAGCCUGCACACCCUGGAGCUGGAGAUCCAGGAGGCCUUUCUGCGCUUCAUGGCCGCCAUCUUGCGAGGCUACCGCUCCUACCUGCUGCCCAUCACUAAAGCCCCAUCUGAGAAGACCACCGACGCCAGCUCCCUCUUUGACCACCAAGGAUUCCUCAAGAGCCGUGACCGAUCUCAUCACAAGUUCUACUCCCUGAUGACCAAGACCCAGCUGUUCAUCCGCUUCAUCGAGGAGUGCUCCUUUGUCAGCGAUAAGGACACCAGCCUGGCCUUCUUCGACGAGUGUGUGGACAAGGUUGACAGCGAGAGACCGGAGGAGACCAGACUGAUAGACCUGGACGAGUCGCACCACUCGGAGCACACGGUGUACAUCAACCCCCCAGAGCUGCCCCUGCUCCCCGCGGGAGAGGAGCACCCGCUCUGCUACAGCUACUCCGGCUUCCCGGUGCUCAACGCUAAUCUUCUGGAGACGUUUGUGGGGUCCAAUCCUCCGUCAGCCAGCAUGGCUCCACGCCACAACCACCCGGCCAGCCCCACAGCCAUAUUCAGGCGCUCCAAGCAGGAGAUCAAGCUCGCUCAGAAGAUGGCCAAAACCCAGUCGUCCAUGCCCCAGCUGUGGUCCCGGUGCCUGUUGCGCCACUGCUACGGCCUGUGGUUCAUCAGUCUGCCAGCGCUGGUCAGCUCCAGCCCCUCCAAGGUGCGGGCGCUGCGCACCGCCUACGACCUGCUCAGGAAGAUGCAGGACGACAAGCUGCAAGCUCCCGACGAGGUGUGCUACCGGGUGCUGAUGCAGCUGUGCGGUCAGUACGGCCAGCCAGUGCUGGCUGUCAGGGUGCUGUUUGAGAUGAAGAAAGCCGGGGUGCAACCCAACGCCAUCACCUACGGCUACUACAACAAGGCGGUGCUGGAGAGCACCUGGCCCUCCAGCACCCGCGGGGGCUACUUCCUGUGGGGGAAGCUGAGGAACGUGGUGUUGGGGGUCCUCCAGUUCAAGCAGGUGGGGAGGAAGGAGCUGCCGGCCCUCAGGGAUCCACAGGCUUCAGACGGCAGUGAUCUGGACACGGUCAGCCACGGCAGCCUGGACAGCGUCAACGACUCCAACGAGCGCACUUCCAUCGACGCCGACUUCAACAAAAUGGACUCCAGCGAUGAUGGAUGUAGCACAGGCGGCCAGUCAGACCAAGGCUAUGAUUCACUCUCCAAAGAGGAAGAACGAGUGAACGACAACACACCACUGGUUGACCAAAAGACAAAAGACACACAUCGGAAGUCCUGGGACGGCGUCAGCGGAACGCGGUCAGGUCCUUCCCAGGACGAUGGCCCCGCGCCCUGUGGGGUCUCACCGAAGAAGGAGAGGCCCAAGUCUCUGUUUCUGCCCUGCGGCCAGUGGCCCCCGAGACCCAACGCCCUGGCCCUGGGCUCCGCCAAGCAGCCCCACCUGACGGCCGUGAGGCUGCGUGGGGUGGAGGAGGAGGAGCUGGACGCUGGGAAGAACAAGCAGAGAGCCCUGGUGGAGCAGAGCGGGAGCUGCAGGAACGGGGCGGAGAGUCCCGGUGUCAGGCCCAGUGGUGGGGCGGUGAGCAAGUCGGACAUGGAGCGCGGGUUCGAUCCCCUGUCGCUCAUGGCGGCCGAGGCGGAGCAGAGCCUGCUGGCCUCCCCCGGCGCCCCGCCCCCGCCCCGCCGCGGGCUGGCCGAGGAGAUAGAGACCUACAUGAACAACGGGGGUAGCCCCUCCAGAGUGCGCAGCUCUGUCCCGGACCCCCCCCGGGACCCCCCCGCCACGGCCGGCCCGGAGGCAGACCCGCCCGCCUGCGCCACGCCCUCCCCACACCGGCCCCCCCCGCUGAUCCGCGCCAACUCCAGCCUCCAGCUCCGGGUCCGGUCCCGGGAGCGCCUCAGCACGUCGCCGUCGCUGCCCCUCGCCGUGUCCCCCAGAGACCGGCCCUCGUCGCUGGUCUCCCCCUCCUCGCCCUCGCCCUCCGCCUCCUCCUUCUCCAUGGAGUCCCUGUUCACCCCCACCCUGGACAUCUUCAAGAGCAGCUUCUUCUCCGCCGGGAAGGGCGUGGCGGAGAAGGCCAGCCGGCUGUACUCCCGGCUCUCGUCCCAGACCUCCCUGAGCCAGGACACCAACUGCGACCAGAUGAGCAUCUCGUCCCUGACCUCGGGGGACCCUGACUGCUGCUCCCUCCUGGACGCUGACUCCUACCUGGACCCCGACGGCUUCACGUCCCCCCAGCACGGCAGCCUGGCCCGCCUCAGGAGGAGCCCCGCUGCGGGCUUCCGGACCACCCUGGACAGCCCCGGGACCCCCAGCCGGGUGUUCAGACACAACUCCUUCUCAGGUGCUUUGACUCCGUUUCCCAGAGGCCCCCACACUCCAGACUCCUCGCCUGAUGUGGGCCGCUUCUACCCCACUCACAACUACACCGUCGAGGUUCUGAUGUCCAGCUGCUCGCUGUGCAAGACCUGCGACAGUCUGGUGUACGACGAGGAGAUCAUGGCGGGCUGGACGGCCGACGACUCCAACCUCAACAGCACCUGUCCCUUCUGCGGCACGCCCUUCGUGCCGUUCCUCAACGUGCACAUCAGGGACCUGAGGCCCCUCAGCAGCCAGAGCACUGAAGAGGAAGGUAAUCCUGUUAGCGAGGAGGAAGACACGUCCACGUCACUGACCCCCGGGGCAGAGCCCUCCGCGGGGCCGUCUCCUGCCGCUCCCUCCCACCCGGAUGCCCCCGGCGGCUCCGGCACGCCGGUGGCCCCAGAGCCGGCCCCGCCCCAGCAACCCCCCGCGGCCCCGGUGACAGUGCCCUACCUGAGCCCCCUGGUGCUGUGGAAGGAGCUGGAGAGCCUUCUGGGGAACGAGGGCGAACAGGUGAUCUGCACCCCCAGCAUCGUGGACCAGCACCCCAUCGUCUUCUGGAACCUGGUGUGGUACUUCAAACGGCUGGAGCUGCCUAGCAACCUGCCCGCGCUCAUCAUGGCUUCGCAGCACUGUCGCCAUGGAGACCAGACUUCUCCCAGCGUAUCCACGGAGGACGAUAAGUACGUGCUGGUGAGGAUCAUGUGGGAUAACCUGAAGCUGCACCAGGACCAGGUCCAGCCCUGCUACGUGCUGUGGAACACACACUGUGCCAACUCCCUGGUCCGCUCGGGGCUUUGUGAGGCGGGGCAGCUCUUCACGGUGGAGCAGCUUCAGAGCAUUGUGAGGUCCAUUAAGAAGAGCGACGUCUACCAUCCCAUGAGCCACAUCAUCCAGCUCCUGGGCCCCGAGAUGGGCUUCAAGAGACAGCGGAGCCUGUACCGUGACAUCCUGUUCCUCGCCCUGGUCGCACUGGGUAGCAGCAACAUUAAUAUGGACGCGUUCGACCGCGAGUACAAGAUGGCGUACGACCGGCUGACUCCCGGUCAGGUCAUGCUGACGCACAACUGUGACCGACCGCCGGGCGCGGGGGUCAUGGAGUGCAGGAGGACUUUUGGGGAGCUCGGACUCUGAGCGCCUGCCGCCCCAUCUUGGGUCUCGAACUCACCACUACCACCACCGUCGCUCGCUCAAUGCUGCUCUGCUGGAACCAGGCUCAGGACCAAGGACCUUUACAACGCAAACCGAACAACCUAAGGAGCACAGUAAGACAAAAACAAAACAGACUUUAACCGAACAAAACCUCCCCUUUAGAAAGGGGAGGUUUCGUUCUGUUCGAGUUAAGUUAAAGACUGGGGUUUUUGAAGCACAGUAGAACAAAAACAGAACAAACCAAACAGACUCUUGAAGCAACACUGAGGGGUUUUUAUAAACGUGACAAGUGAGAUGUACGGUGAAACCGUCUCUGUAUUUGUAACUUGUAAUAUGUUGUCCUUUUGAUGUCACCCUAUAUGUUUGUACAAGUAAUUAUUAUACAGUGUAUGUUCUGACUUUACUUUUCUGUCGAGCUGUGGGAGUAUAACUAGUAAUGGUCUGUGUUGGGCUGUCUGAACACCAACUGUGGUCUGUGAGACCAUUUUUAAGAUGUUUACAUGUUAAAAGCACUUUGGCAGUUCUUUACACUAUCUUGCUGUAUAAAAGAUUAUGUAAGUAAAUGUACAGCUGUAUUGGAAGCUACAGUAACGGAUGUAUCGGCUGUAUUACUAGUGAACGCUGGUCUGAUACCGCCAGACCGAGUACUGGUCCUGAACCUCUCGGUUCAUUUGGAUUUCAAAGCGGUGUAAUCACAGGGUGCCGACCAAAAUGCCUCUGAAAGCAAUAGAAAAGGCCAACGACCAAUCAGGACAACAAAACAUGUGACACAACAGCCUACCUAGUUGUUAAAGGUUGGGUAUGGAAUUCUCUUUUUUGGCAAUUUUUGACAAAUUACUUGAAAUCCUUAUCAUAACCCACUUACAGCCACUGAGUUAGAAGUACUGACAUGAAAAUUAAACAAGUCAAUCAUCUGUGGAACGGGCAGGGCUCGAAGAACUCCAGCCAA